GAUUUCUCUUUUUGAUGCUAGCAGAUUUUUCUGGCUCCUCGGUUGACACCCCAAGAAACUUGGAAACAAAGGCAUUUUAAAAAGAGAUGUCAAUCUCUGUGAAAAUAAAGUCGUAUAUAUUUGCGUUUGCACCAAUCUCCUGAGUCUCACAGCAGGAAAAAAAUUGAGGACAACACUCUCUGAAGAUUGAUCCUGGAGGGGUUCUUCAUUGGCAUUCUGUGAUGACAAACACGUGGACAUCUGCAGAUCAAAAUCAACUGGCCACCCUAGCUAACUGCCAGGUGCCUGGAUUCUGACUCGGGACCAUCGACAUCUGUGUGAAAAGUGGUCUACAUUCAUUCUUUCAAAGCAUUAAUGAAUUAAUCAGAACUUUUGGAAGCAAAGAAAAUUUAAAGAAAUCUUAGUAAAAGAGAAUUAGAUGCUGAGAACAAACUAAACAAGGCAAGACUUACUUUUCUUCUUAGCUCCUAAGAACUGAUGCAAUUUCCACGUUAAAAAGAAGAAAAUGAACAGCACAUGCACUGAUGAACAGCACGACCUGGAUCACUAUUUGUUCCCAAUUGUUUACAUCUUCGUGGUGAUAGUCAGCAUUCCAGCCAACAUUGGCUCUCUCUGCGUGUCUUUUGUACAAGCAAAGAAGGAAAAUGAGUUAGGAAUUUACCUCUUCAGUUUAUCCCUGUCAGAUCUGCUGUAUACACUCACUCUCCCUCUGUGGAUUCAUUACACUUGGAAUCAAGACAACUGGGUUUUCUCCGACGCCUUGUGCAGAGGGUGUGCUUUCUUCAUGUACGUGAACUUCUACAGCAGCACUGCCUUCCUCACCUGCAUCUCUGUGGACCGGUACUUAGCAGUUGUCUACCCUUUGAAGUUUUUUUUCCUAAGAACAAGAAGAUGCGCGUUCAUGGUCAGCCUAUUCAUCUGGGUAGUGGAAACCAUCUUCAAUGCUAUCCUUCUGUGGGAAGAUGAGACAUCUACAGAAUAUUGUGAUGCCAAGGAGAUUAAUUUUACUCUGUGCUAUGAUAGAUACCCUUUGGAGAAAUGGGAGAUUAAGUUCAACUGGUUUAGGACGUGUACAGGCUACGUCAUACCUUUGGCCAUCAUAAUGAUUUGCAACCAGAAAGUCUACCAAGCGGUGCAGCGUAAUCGGGCCACGGAAAACCGUGAAAAAAGAAGAAUCAUAAAACUACUUGUUAGUAUCACCGUGACCUUUGUCUUGUGCUUCACUCCCUUUCAUGUGAUGUUGCUGCUGCGCAGCAUUUUAGAGCCUAUGUCUGACCACAGGUAUGGGAAACAGACGUAUAAAAUGUAUAGAAUCACAGUUGCAUUAACGAGUUUAAAUUGUGUUGCGGAUCCAAUUCUGUACUGUUUUGUAACGGAAACAGGAAGAUCCGAUAUGUGGAAUAUAUUAAAAUUCUGUACUGGGAUGCUUAAUAAAUCAGAAAGGCAAAGGAAACGUAUACUUUCUAUGUCUACAAAAGAUACUGUGGAGUUAAACACCCUGGAAUAGAACGAAGGACUUUUUUCCAGGUACACAAUAUUCUGUCAUCACUAUUUUAAUAUCCUCUCCAAUGGGAAGAUUUAAAAAGUGCACUGUACAGCUCCCUGACUUUUAUUAAAUGGCUAUUAAACAAAAUUUAAUAUUUUUCUAAUGACUCAAGAUGUUUAUUGUUGAUGGAACGGGUUUGGUAUCUGUGUUAUAAUCCCUCAGAGGUUAGCAAAAUAUGCAGGACUGUGUGUCUUUAAUUCGGUGACAUUUAUGUCUGGGGUCUAUGAUUUUUCUCACGCUUUCUGUAGAUUUCAGGCUGUCAGCUAUAAAUUCUCCCACCUGUAUGGACUUGUCUCCAACAACUCCAACUACAAAAUACCGCUUCUAAUCUUCUCACUCGUUACUAAAUAUGUAUUGAGCCGACUCUAUGUACUGCUUCGUGUUUAGUAUUGGGGUUUCAAAGAAAUAUGGUCUCACAAAGCCUUGUGAAGCCCACGUCAGUUCAGAAAUCUAGUCACUUGCAUGCACAGGAAACGCGAAGGGGCUCAGAGUGACGCCGGGAGGCUCUUUCCACAGCAGAAAAGCACGUGAGCUUGGGGAAACCUCUCUCAGCUGCUCGAAGACCUUCUUUACUGUCUUUCAGAUCACACUUUUUGUUUUAUGUUGAUUUUUUUAAUAUUCACAGUUCAGUACAUAAGUUGAAAUUACCAGAAGUUUAAUGUUAAGACAAAAAGACAUUAUAGACACACACACA